UCCGCUUCCUUCCCCCUCGGCCUGCUUAGCGGCCGGGGCCGAAAUCGACCUAGUGAGUCCCUCGCGGGCGAACCAGGCCACAACAGCCCGUAGUAGGCGGGUGGUGUCCCAAGGUGCAACUCACCGCCGCGCUGGCUCAGCGUGGCGGUGAGGAUGCACAGACGGUGGUAGUGGCGAGAGGUGUGUAUGGACACUGUUCCCGCGGCAGUAAUGCAAAGCGGCAAACUGCACCUGGCAACCACCGUCGCGGAAAGCGUGGCCCACGAAGCUGGAGGAGUAGAGAGAUUCGUAAAUCACACGUCAGUAAGCACCGCUCGCGGGAGAAGGGAGGCAACCGCGGGCACCGCGGGGAGGGAGUGCUGCACCCUCUUCGUCAAAACACAACAGGCAAGAACCGAGCUCUGCAGAGAUGGAUUGAUGCGAGGAAACUCGCCGCUCGGAAAAUACGGAAGAAAGCACACCCGCAUUGCGAGGCGGACCGAGAGAGACACGAGACCGCAGCGGUCGUCAAGGCGGCUGCGAAGAAGAAGGCACGAGAGGACGACCUAUCGUUCGGCACGUUCAACGUACGCACGCUCGCCUACAGCGAUUUGUUCCGCGACCGGCUGUGAUGUGAUAGGACUUCAGGAGACCCGACGAGAGGGGCAAGAUUCAGUUGCACACCACGGGUACGUGAUCAUCUGGAGUGGCGCCCGUGCUGGCACCAAGGACAAGAGGGGCGUACACGGUGUGGGCAUAGCGAUCAAGGAAGCCAUGUGGGAGAGUGUGGGCGAGGAAGGUAGGACGGUGGAGUGCAUUAGCCUGAGGCUGAUGAAGGUGCGUCUACAAAUUGGCCGCACCUGCGGAGUAACUUUCGUGGUGGGUGAUCCGGAGGUUCACAGCCGUGACCAUCUCGUGGUGCUGAGGGACGCCAACGCACGCACUGGUAGGAGGCGAGACGGGUGCUGCGAUGCCAAGAUUAUGGGCGCGUACGGACGCGACAUUAUGAACAACAACGGGGAACGACUCCUUGGACUGGCGUCAGACAACCAACUCUCCCUGACCAACACCUACUUCCGGACACCGAAAGGUGGAGUGCAGCACACAUUCCAGAGCUCCAACAAGGGGAAGGAGAAGUACCGCCUCGACUUCAUCCUCAUGCGUCAGGCGGACCGGCGUUUCGUGCGCAAUGUCUCCGUCAAACGUGUCGACUUCAAAGACUCUGACCACAACCUCGUGCUUACGACUGUCCGCCUCCCCCCCCGUGUCGCACCCAACCGACGAGUGCGGGGGAACAGCGGAAGCAGCCGCAUCCGUGUCGACCUCGAGCGGUUAACGAAGGACAAACACCUACGGGUCGCCUUCCAAAACAGGGCCUCCAGCUGCCCUCCGCCCACGGCGCUCAGGCGGCCAACGGGAGAGACCGCCGCCGAGCUGACGGCUACGGUGAUGUCGGCCGCUGCUGAGACCGCGCCGCUGGCGAGGUGCGCACGAGGGCAGAGAGGCUGGUACACGAGCGAAGCGCAGCACGAGAUCUCUGAAGCGUCGAAGGAGAUUAAGGCGGCCCAGCAGCAACUGCGCGGGGCCUCAAAGAACAGCGCCUGCGAGGCGACCCUGAAGGCGAUGCUCAAGGCGGCGCGGAAGAAGCGCAGCAUCGCGAGGUGGAGAGCACUGGAAACGUUCUUCGAGGGCUAUGUACGGCAGCUCGAGAAGAAGAGCCGCGAGGGGGAUCAGGCGGGUUUCUACAGGCACCUGAAGAUGAUCGACGUCGAAGAGAGCGCCAAGGACCCGGAGGUGUGGUACAACAAGGUCGAGGACGGAGCGGCAUGGUUUAUGGGGCAAUGGCACAGGCAGGAGGCGGAAGCGUCCGCGAAGCGCCAGCGCGCGAAGGAAGCAGAAGCAGAGAGUACGGCCAUCUCAGGACCGAAGAGAAAGAAAGUCGGGGAAGCGGAGGUGGGGGGGAAGAAACGGCGACCGGGCAAUGCUGUAGAAGCGAGUAGGGCGGCCGAGGCAGCACUUAUGGCGAACUACCCUAUAUAA